UACAAACAGGACGGUUUCAGGGUCGUUUUUCUUUUCCAAACCAGCCUUUUAUUUUCCAAACCAGCGUUCAUCAAACAGAGACAUAUAUCUUUUCUUCCUUUUACACUCCACAGAUUACAAAUCACCAUGCACAAAAGCGGUUCUGCUUCCGCGUUGGGCCCAGGGGGCCUGGACUUAACCCAAGUCUUCUUCAAGUCCAUCUCCAACGCCGCCCCUCCAUCUCUCUCCAAGCGCCAAACCAAGAUCUCCGUCAUCGGCGCCGGAAAUGUAGGAAUGGCCAUCGCUCAGACCAUCCUCACUCAGGACCUCACCGACGAGCUCGUCAUCGUCGACAACAAACCCGACAAACUCCGCGGCGAGAUGCUCGAUCUUCAGCAUGCUGCUGCCUUUCUCCCCCGCGUAAAGAUCAAUUCAUCAGUUGAAUACUCCGUUACCGUCGGGUCCGAUCUUUGUAUCGUUACCGCCGGCGCACGACAGAUCGCCGGUGAGUCAAGGCUGAACCUCCUUCAGAGGAACCUCGCUCUAUUCAAGGAAAUCAUACCCGCUCUGGCUCGUUACUCGCCGCAUACAGUUCUCCUCAUCGUGUCUAACCCUGUCGAUGUUCUCACCUACAUCGCAUGGAAGCUCUCCGGGUUUCCAUCCAAUCGGAUUAUCGGGUCGGGUACCAACUUGGACUCCUCUCGCUUCCGUUUCCUCAUUGCUGAUCACCUUGAAGUCAAUGCUCAGGAUGUUCAGGCAUGCAUAGUAGGGGAGCACGGGGAUAGUUCAGUGGCAUUGUGGUCAAGUAUUAGUAUUGGGGGUGUUCCUGUGCUGAGUUUUUUGGAGAAACAACAGAUUGCGUAUGAGAAAGAAACACUGGAGAAUAUACACAAAACAGUGAUAAACAGUGCUUAUGAAGUCAUCAGUUUGAAAGGCUACACUUCUUGGGCCAUUGGGUAUUCGGUUGCUAACUUGGCUCGGUCCAUUAUUAGGGACCAGAGGAAGAUUCACCCUGUUUCUGUUCUGGCUAAGGGAUUUUAUGGCAUUGGUGAUGAUGAAGUGUUUUUGAGCUUGCCCGCACAACUUGGUAGAGGAGGUGUGCUUGGUGUAACCAAUGUGCACAUGAAUGAAGAGGAGGAACAAAGGCUUAGGGACUCUGCUAAAACCAUCUUAGAGGUUCAAACUCAGUUGGGUCUCUGAUGAAACCAAGUAGAUUGUCAUGUGUCCUCAAACACUCACUAAUAACCAUGAUUUUGUUUUUCAUUUACAUUACAUACAUUUCCCACGGUUUUCUUACAUUGUGAUGUUGUUUGUGGCCUAAAUUGUCACUCUUAGCUUUUCUGUUUACUAUUGCUUGCAUCCAAAAUGGUGGUAGGAUUCGGAUCUAGUGAUAUGUGUUUAAUACUCUUAUGUAGUACUAGAUCUUAUAAAAAAAGUGAUGUGGGAGACAAAUACCUACAUGCUUCAAAUAUUGUCUAUGAUUUUUAUUA